CAUGGACUGGGUCGGAGCGGUUGAAACGAGAAGACGAGUUUUCUAAGCUCCGUAACUCGAGGGGUUAAACGCGAAAGUUUCUUUAUCUCAAACAAUAUGACAGGAAAGGAAGAGCAAAGCGGGACAAGACGAAAGAGAGACGGUUACAAAAGUCCAAGCAAGGAUGGUUCUCGUCGUUCUCCAUGUUCUCCAGAAACGAAACGACAAACUGAAAAUCAAGCAAGCAUGUCGGACUUACACAAGGCCACAUGAGUGCAGCAAGUACCAAGCACGUACAAGAUCCUGCACUUGCAGCUAUAUGAGAGGUACUACUAAGAAUCGAAGCAAACACCAAUUGCCUAAUUAGCGAGCAAAAGACAUGCAGCGAAGCUACGAGGAGCUUCGUGAAAGUCUUGAAUUUACACAAAGCAAGAUGGAGAAAAUGGCAAAGAACAACUCCGCUUUCCAAGAGCAAAUGAAGGAGAUGGCGAAGACCAACCUCGCAUUACAAAGAAGAAUGACCCAACUGGAAAGUGAUUUAGAGAAAAAGAACGAAGAAAAUGCCAAGUUUGAAAAGAAAUUAGACGAGAUCUUCAUGCAACUCGAUGAUUUGGAACAAUACACGAGAAAAUUCAAUCUCGAAAUACAUGGAAUCCCUGAAACAGACGACGAAGAGCCCGAAGAUCUUGUCCUCGGCUUGGCAAAACUAACGGAAAUAGAUCUAACAGACGAGGACAUCGGAAGGAAGCAAGUCACCGAGACCAAUAAUUGUGCUUUUCAGCAAUUAUUACAGCAAAGAGCAAAUGUACCAAGGCGCUGGAAACUUCGCUAGAAUGGUUUAAGAGGUUUAGGAGUGGACC